GUUUUUUUUUUCUCUAAUUAUUUGAAACCUUUGGAGAUUCCGGUGACAAAUUGCGUGGUCAUCAGGUCUCGCACGAUCCAAAUUUUUUUCAUUCCAUUUUUAAUUGCUUGAAUAAUUUAAGAACGUGAAGUUUUGAUGCCAAAAUAAAUAAGAUGGUUUAUAAAAAAUAAUUUUCUUCGAAAAACAAAUACUCCUUUUCUUUAAGAACAAAUAAAAUAACUUUUCCUAGAGAAAUUGAUAUAUGGAUAUUGUUUUAAAUAUUUAAAACAAGAGUAGAUUAGCUGAAAAAUAUUUAAAGUACAAGCUGCAAAAUUGGUUGUUUAUCAUUUCCCUUCAUCUUAAAUUUCUAUAAUCAUGAUUAUACAGUUCAAAAUAUGUCGACUGGAAAAGAAACGCAGCUACCAGAUCAAAAUCAGUUGCUUGGACUCACAAUGAAAUUUCCUAGAAAAAUUUAUAGCAUCCUAACAUCUGUAACCAAAGAAAACACUCAACUGCUGAGCACAGAACAUUUGUAUCCAGAAAAAGGUAAAUUUUACUUGUUCAAUCUGUAACAUGAGCAAGGAUUAAAUUAUAAAUAUGACUCUAGAACAAAUUUAUCUUACAUUAAAGUACUUUUGAAAUAAAAUCUUUGGUGCUUAUUCUGCGAGUCACGUGACGUGGAUUUGUUGGGUCAACAUGAUUUGACGUCAGUGAAAGUCGCCGGCGCUGAUAGCGAUGAAAACUCCGGUUUGUGGAUUCGGCAAUAAAAAUAAUUGAAUGGUUUUAAGACGCUGUUAAAAAUUUUAAUUGAAUGUCACAUACGAAUGUUUUCAUAACGAUUUAAACAAAAAUAACCUCUUAAAAAUUAUUCUUUCAAUUCUCUAUAAAUUGAUUUACAUAAAUAUUAUUUUCUUUCCUAUCCAUAAAGUUUUUUCUCAGUGUAAAUCGCAUCCCGUUCGUCGCGUGCACUGUGAACGAUCCUGAAAAAUGUUCGCGCGAAAUUCAUUUCAGGUUCAUUCAAAAAUCGCUCGCUCGCUCGCUCGCGUGCACUGUGUUUCUGCCCUAAGAAGCGAAGUUGCACAAUUGUGAUACACCAGUUUAUCGGUACCAGUCCCAAAAAGGCAAACCAUUUUUGCAGGUUACCCGACUGAUCAUCUGUAUCGUCGAAUUGUCAUUUCGUCUGUCCUGUGCCCCGAUUGCACAGUCCACGAUUGUCCUGGAAAUAAAACUGUUCUCUGCCUCCGGAGGCAGUUCUUCCGUUGGGUCCAUGGCUUCAAUGACACGCGAUGCAUACUUUUCCCAAUUUAUAUUCUCUGUGAGGUCAUAAGGAAUAAUGAUCUCUUCGGGUGGACUGCGACCACUGGUGACAGAAAUAUGGAUGCAGGCAAAUGAUCGCUUCCCUGAGGGUCUUGGAUUACCUUAAACGUACAAUCCAAGAUCAGUGAGGAAGAAUCUAAAGAAAGGUCUAAAAUACUAUGCUGGGAUUGGGAUCCAUUAAUUCGAGUCACUUCUCCAUUGUUUCAGACAGUCAUGUUGAAGUCGUCGCACAGCUCAUAAAUCAUGUUAACACGAUCAUAACACGUGGGCUACCCCAGCCAACGCCAUGGGAGUUGAAGUCUCCCGGAACUAACCGAGGUUCAGGGAGGAGGGAAAUAAUAUUCGCCAAUUUGUUCCGGCUCAAGCUUGAAUUUGGCAGAAUAUAUACCGAGGCAAAGGCAAAGGUCUAGCUUGGCGAGAAACGACUGGUUGAUGUAAAAUACGAUAGAAAUAAUGACAUUUCUUGAUCCCCAAAAGAACAUCACCCCCUCUUUGACCAGGCGAAUAAUAUUGUGGCUAUGGAAGUUGAAAUCUAUGUUUGGAAAGAGCCAAGUUUCGCCUAAAGCGAACACAUCACAAUUCAAAUUGGGUACCAAUAUCUAAAAGAGCCUAAUUUUGAUAUAAUACUUCAGUUCCAUUGUAAUACAGAAACAAUUUCUCUUACCUCAAGGGACGAGUUAUUCUUCAGUGAAGAUUGCUUCAGCGAUGAGGGUCAUAGUGAGAGUUUUCUGUUUCAAAAUUUCUCUCAGAUGGGGUACAGUCAUAGUCCUCCAUCCUGCUGGUACGCUGAAAAAGUUAACUACUGAAGGUCCUGAAUUCUGAAGGGAAGCCUGGGGUUUUGGUUUUUAAAACCCGGAGGUAUCUGAAAAGAAGUGGUAGAAUUACUAUUUCCUCUUUGAUGCCAAGAAUUUGAAUUGCUGGCAGAUUGACUGAAACGGAGUGCUAUACGUUAUGUGAAGUUUGUGUUGUGUUCGGAAUGAAAUAAUCACAAAGAGUGUUGAAGAUCGUUACGCAGUUAAAUUUAUUAGAGGUAAAUAGUUUGACUUUGUUAACAGUGAAUUUUACGUCUAUAACUUUCGACUAUUGUUUUUCUGUUUACUCUACAAGCCGGUCGUAAUUUUAGAACUAGAAUUUUGCCGUUUUGCAAAUGCUUUAAACUGCGCUCAGAGAUUUUGUUAUAAGAACUGCAUCAAAAAAGGCUUGUUUCUUGUAAGGUUCUUCAAGCAUUCGUUAUUUAAAAAAAAAAUACUCGAAGAUGUUUAUAUGAAGUCAUAACCGAUUCCAAACUGGAAUCCUUCUUUCACUCUAUCUCCACUCUCGAAAGACAACGGCUGACAGUAGUUGAAUUCGAUUCGGGCUUUUUGACCUAUUCUCACGGCGAGUCCUGCCCCAACCGUACUACGAAGUUUGUCUGAAACAAUAUGGAUGUUUAUUUUGAAGUAAAUCGGGACAAUAUAAUGCAAUGUUACCUGUCGUAAAAGUGUUGCAAGUUCCAAAAUUGUAAAAUAAAUGCACUCUAAAAAGAUCACUGAGAUCUCCAGCUCGACUGAAUGGUAGUGGGCUCCAGAGAUGAACUCCUGUGGCCCAAUACGACUAAAAAGUAAUAACAAAAAAUCAGGACUGCAUUUAAAUUUAUAUUCUAUUCUUACCUGACAACCCGCCGCCACAUCGUCUCGAUGAGGACAUGCUCCUGCUUGUUCAAACCCUCUAAGCGAUUGUGGACCACCAGGGUAGAACAACUGAUAGAUUGGGAUCGCUUCUUUCCGUUUAUCGUUGACUAAAAUUCCAGCUCGACCGCACAGUUGAAGCGAUAUUCCAGCAAAAAGGGGCACGUUCAACUCGCAGUGAACGUCACUCUUAACCAAACCAAACUGGUUUAGAGAACUUCCAAUCAGUUCGUUUGUUGCCUUGAUAUAAGUUCCCUUCGUAGGAUAUAUACUACUGUCGCGACCUUCGUAUAUUCCGAUGUACCGAAUAAUAGAUGCCAAUCGAGGUCCACAGGUUUCUCUGAUGAAGAAUGGUGUUGUUUUGCCCGUUGUAAAAACUUCCUUCAUGCCAAUUUCAUACUGCAAGCUAUUGCUAAGUCCAAACGGCAAAGUGAAGGAGAAAUCUAGCAAAGCUCCUGCUUCAUCCGUGCGGAAUUUCGACCAUGGAGUAUGUGACGAGUGUUUGAAAAUGCCUAUAGAAGUCCUGAAAAAUUCGAAAAAAAUUAAUACAUUUAAUACUCAGUAUAUUUUGGUGCUAACCUAUUUAUUAAAUAAGUAGUAUCAUUUUGAUGACCAUCGUCUUGAUUUACCCGGCGAUUAAACUUACUGCUCUAUAUUAAUAAUAGAUUGAAAUGCUAUACAAACACCAUUUUUUAUAAUGUGGUUAGGAGGUUGAGCUACUGGCCACGGUAGCUAUCCAGGAAGUGGAACGCUGGAUGCACUCCAAGUGCCUGCGUCUAGCCCACCACAAAACCGAGAUGGUGCUUAUCACCAACCUGAAAUCACCCCAAACAGGUACCAUUGCCGUUGGACCGUGCAACAUCGUGUCUAAACGCGCAAUUAAGUACCUAGGGGUGAUGAUUGACGACAGGCUCAGCUUCACGAGCCAUGUCGAACACGUGUGCAAGAGAGCGGCAAUGGCCACGGCCGCACUCACACGAAUGAUGCCGAACUCCUCGGCUAUCCAAAGCAGCAAAAGGCGGAUCAUUGCAAGUGUGACCACUUCGAUCUUGCGGUACGGAGCAGCGGCCUGGAGGCAGGCCCUGGGAGGAAGCUGUAACCUGCAGCGACUUAGCAGCGUUCAGCGGCUGAUGAACCUGCGGGUUAUCAGCGGAUACCGGACCAUGUCGUCCGAAGCCGCCUGUGUAGUAGCGGGUGUUAUGCCCAUCUCGGUUUUGCUAGAGGAGGAUGUCUAUUGCUACGACAACAGAGACACGCCCAACGUUCGAGAUCUCGCCAAUGAGGACUCGAUGUCCAACUGGCAGCAGCUGUGGGACAGCUCAACGAAAGGAAGGUGGACCCAUCGUCUGAUCCCGCACAUCGGGAGCUGGAUCGGAAGAAGGCACGGUGAAGUGGACUUCUAUAUGACGCAAUUCCUGACUGGUCAUGGAUGCUUCAUGAAGUACCACUACCGGUUUGGACAUGUGGCUUCGCCAUAUUGCCCAGAUUGUGGUGAAGUAGAGGAAACACCCGAACAUGUGGUGUUUGUCUGUCCGAGGUUUGCGGCGGUACGUACUUCCAUAUUUGCCGCCUGCGGGCCUGACACGACAGCAGACAACGUUGUACAGAGGAUGUGUGCGGAUUCCAACACUUGGCACGCGGUCAGCGAUGGGUUCACCCGGAUCAUGACUGCCCUGCAGAGGAGCUGGAACCAACGACAGUCCGCGAACGGUGUAGGAUGACUCCAUCGGCGGGGAGCAUCUGAGUAGUGUGCGUCCGAUCCCUUGAUCGAAGCUACAAAGAUAAGGCAUCAUCUUCUGCGUAGCGGAGGUCAGGGGUGCGCCGCGAACGUGUGUAGGAUACCCCAAUGUCGGGGGGUAUCCGAGUAGUUCCGCUUCCUAAGAGGGAAACUGCGGGGAUAAGACUUUACCUUCCUCGUAGCGGAUCUCGAAGGAAGAGGGUUAACCACUGUCGGGGGAUACCCACGGGUAGAGAGGCUCUCGACGCCGGGCGAGCCUCUCGAGUCGGUGUAGGAUGUCGUCACAUCCGAGUCGUAGCGUUCCAAGUCCCGAAUGUGUGCCGUGACAGGCGCGAGUCUAGGAUAAGCUGCUCUCGAUUUGGCACACAACGGGCAGGAAAAUCCGCGGGCCAAAAAUCCUAGGGUUGCCAACCAAGGGGGAUAAAGAAGACCGGACAACGGUCGGAGUAGACUGACCCCAUCGACGGGGGGCUGUCGAGUAGAGUGCGUCCGACCCCACGGUUUGAAGUUACAAAGAUAAGACAAUACCUUCUGCGUAGCGGAUGCCGUGGGUGCGCCGCGUUCGUGUGUAGGAUGCUCCACCUUCGGGGAGUAUCCGAGUAGAGCGGUUCUCAACGACAGAAGCUGCGGGGAUAAGACUUGACCUUCUUCGCAGUGGAAAUCGUUGGGAAAGGGUUAUUCCACGUUCGGGGAAUACCCACGGGUAGAGUGGCUCUCGACGCCGGGCGAGCCAUUCGAGUCGGUGUAGGAUGACGUCUUCGUCGGGAAUCAUCCGAGUAGUUGCGUUAAGUCCCGCGCGUGUGCCGUGACAGGCGCGAGUCCAGGAUAAGCUGCUCUCGAUCUGGCACACGACGGGCAAGGUGGCAAACUUCGAACCCUGAAGAUAAGAGGUCGGGCUUCGAGUCGUUAGAGGAGAGGUCAGGCCUCAAACCUUCAGGCGGAGAGGUUUGUUUGGUCAACCCCGAGUCUUUAUGAUAGGAGGUCGGGUCCCGAGUCGUAAGAGGAGGGAUCAGGCCCCUUACCAACAAGAGGAGGGGUACAAGUGGUCACCUCGAGUCAUUACGAGGAGAGGUCAGAUUUCAAGUCGUUAGAGGAGAGAUCGGGCCUUGAAUCGUGCAGAGGAGAGGUAAACCUCGAGUCGAUGCGAGGAGGGGUCGGAUCUCAAGUCGUUAGAGGAGAGAUCAGGCCUCAAGUCGCGAAGAGGAGAGGUUUGUGUGGGAAUCUCGAGUCACUGCGAGGAGAUGUCGGUUCUCAAGUCGUUAGAGGAGAGUUCAGGCGUCGAGUCGUAAGGAUGAGAGGUUUUGCUGAAAGUGGUCUCGUUAAUGAGUAUUGCCUUUGAGCGCAUUAGCGCGAAUAGACCUCCCACUAUUGAAGCAUAGUGUACUAAACAGUUCGAGGUGGGAACCAGGUCUGCGGCCCCAGGUGGAGUUUAGGGAGUAGGGGGUAUACACGGAGUAUAUCAUGAGUCUGCCCAUUGUACCCAUGGACCCAGAGUAGCAAACUGGGGGGACGCGGUGGCUCGCCGUGCCUUGGAAUACAAUCCGUAAACCGGGAUUUACCACCUGUGGUUACCAACUAAAAAAAAAAAAAAUAAUGUGGUGAACAGGUUAAUUUUCAGUGCUAGAAGUUUAAGUAGACAAUUUUAGAAGCAAUGAAAUCCUGGUCGAUAAUCUCCUAGGGUUCUAAAGUUUACCUGUCCUCACAACUUGCGGAAUAUCCUCUAGGAGCCCGGAAAAAAAUCAUUUCAACUUCCCAAGGGCAUCAAGAAGUCUUAGAUGCUUAAAAACACAGAAACAUAAAAAAACAUUCCGAAUUCACUAAAUUUUAGGUAUUUUUAAUGGGCAGAGUAAAAUAAAACGCGUGUGGUUUUCGUAAGGGCAAGUAACAUAAUGAAAAUUUUAUUUAUUCUUCAUAGCAACCAGUGUUCUUGAGAAUACCUGAUUGCUUCGAUUGGAAAACUUCUUCACUCCUCCUCAAACUUCUGGAUGCUGCAGACCAAGAGCAUUUUGAAAGAAAUGUAUCUUCUCUCGAGUCAGUGGCUUGGUCAGUCCAUCAGCAGUUUGCUUUUUUGUACAGAUGUAGUCCACAGCAACUUCGCCUUUCUCCAAUGCAUCCCUGAUGAAAUGAUGACGGAUAUCAAUGUGUUUGGUCCUUGCAUGAUAUCCACCAUUCUGGGCAACGCAAAUAGCGCUUUGGUUGUCGCAAUGGAUUACAACAGCCUUCUCCUCCUCAAUUCUUCCACGAAGUCGUCGCCACCAUAGAGCCUCUUGCACCGCAGCUGACAACGACAUGUAUUCGGCCUCACAUGUGGAUAAAGCAACGGUUUGCUGACGCUUGCUGCUCCAGGAAAUAGCUCCUCCUUGCGCGGUAAAGACAUAUCCAGUAAUUGAUUUGCGAUCCUCUUGAUCGGCGGCCCAAUCAGCAUCCGCAAAUCCAUCGAUGUCUGGUUUGCCUGUCUUCGUGUACGUCAAUCGCAUUUUGGAUGUUCCUCGUAAAUAUCGAACCAUACCGGACAACUGGAGAGUAGGUUUCCUGGUAAUCUACCCCCUUUCGCUGCGAAUAUCCUUUGACGACGAGCCUGGCUUUGUGUCGAUCGAUUUUGCCAUCACCGUUCAGCUUGGUUCGGUACACCCAUUUGCAUUUGAUUGCAUUUCGUCCUACGGGCAGGUCACAAAGCUCCCAUGUACCGUUCGAGAUAAGAGCAUCAUGCUCCUCCUGCAUCGCACUUUUCCAGCUUUCGGCAUCGUCACGGGCCAACGCUUCUUGAUGUGACAAGGGAUCAUCCGGCAGGAACUGUGAAACAUCGGAACCAGUAAUUGAACUAAGGGAAAGUAAUGAAUUAUACUUGCCUUGGGGGAGGCGCCCCCGAUCGCAGAGCAUCAACCGUGUUGGGACCUCAUUGUCACCUGGUUGUUCAUUCGACGAAGGCGAGGGGGGCACAGUGCUGAUACGCCCGGAUUCCGAUCCAGUUUCAAUCAUCGGCGAUGAACCAUCAGCGAACUUUGAUGAAGGUAGGCCAGUGCAAUCGAGCUGAUAAUUGCGGUAUCUCGUAGAAAUGAACCAUUCUCUGUUGCUUCGCCUCACCGUGGGAAUGACAGGAACCGCACUUUCGACCAAAGUAUCGUUUGCCUCGAAAAAACUUGCUUCCGAUUCGGUUUCUUCAGCAUCUUCGUUUUCGAUUUCGGGUUCUUCUUGAACUGAUGUUGACGACAUUGGCACUAAUUCAUUGAAGUCCAACCUGACUAACGUAGUAGCUCUUCUGCCUCCAGCAACGCUUGAUUGAGCUCGGUUGAUUUCGCCCUCAGCAAUGAACGAAACAUCUCGGGAUUUAAAAAUUUCGUCCUUUGCGAUGUCGUAUAAUCGGUACGCCUUCGAAUUCUCAUCAAAACCAGUGAGAAUACAUUCGAUCGCCUUCUUGUCCCACUUCUUGCGCAUGCACUUGGGUACAUGUGCCAUCACAGUAGUGCCGAACACUCUCACGUGUUGCAGGUUCGGUUUGCGCCCGGUCCACGCCUCUUCCGGCGUUACGUCGAUACCUUUCGUGGGUGAUCUGUUUACCAAAUAAACAGCAGCAGCGACCGCUUCGGCCCAAAACGGUUUCGGAAGAUGCGCCUCGAACAGCAUACAUUUGGCGCGCUCGACUAUCGUGCGGUUGACUCGUUCAACGAGUCCGUUCUGCUCGGGGGUAUACUCGACGCUUGUUUGAUGCUUAAUUCCGGAUUCCUUCAGGUGAGUUUGGAACAUCGCGUUGCGAUAUUCUUUGCCGUUGUCGGUUCUCAAUGUCCUAAUUUUCCUUCCGGUUUGAGUCUCGGCCAUACUCUUGAACUCCUUGAAAUUUUGUAAAACCUCUUCUUGGCUCUUGGUUCGCAAAAAAAUAGAUGAAAAUCUUGCGGGUUUUGUCAUCGAUGAAGGACAAAUAGUAACGCCGACCUCCCAACGACUCCUCUUCCAUCGGACCACAUAUAUCGGAGUGGACCAAAUCCAGAAUACCAGUAGCUCGCGUUCCGACAUGGCUAAACGGCAAUCGAGUUAGUUUGCCUUCAGCACACACCUUGCAAUCUCCACAUUCUUGACCGUUGAAUUUUAUACCAUUCGCGAGACCAUCCUUCAGCAGCUUCAAAUUCUUGAUGCACAUGUGUCCCAUGCGUUUGUGCCACAAUCGAACAGAAUCUCGAGUUGGACACGCCAGGACAGACGACUUCUUUUGAUUCAGCUUGAACAAGUCGUUGGAUCUGCAACCAUCUGCAAUCAGCUUGCCUCGGGAAUUUCGAACCUCACAUCCAUGCUGGUCGAAUGUGACAGUGUGACCUUGUUCCACGAUUUUUCCGACAGACAGAAGAUUUACGGCUAAAUCUGGAACCAAUUCAACAUUCUUGACGUCUAUGGAAUAUUUGUUACAGGUUGGUUGAAGUUUCGCUGUGCCUUCGCCAACGAUCUUCAUGGACUGUUUGUUGGCAGCGAUGAUACUCCCCGUCGAUUCCUUGAUAUCUUCCAAAAGGGCUUCGUUUUUGGUCAGAUGGUUCACCGCUCCGGAGUCGAAGUACCAUUCGUUGUCCUCGGUUGUAUUCAGUGCUGACAGUACAACACAAAAUGUAUCACCUUUCCUGUCGACUUUGUUCUUGGUUGGUUUUCUGGCCAUACAAUCCUUGGCGAUGUGCCCGAAUUUUUCGCAGCGACGACAUUGGGGUCCUUUCGCUUUAUUCGGAGCACCUGACGAAUUUUGGGAUACCUUGGAGUUGUGAUUCUCCGGCUUGAAUGGACGUCUUGAAACAAAGGUGUUGCCGAGCCCACUGUGCCACUGAAUGAGAAGUGAGUUCCUGUGACAGAUUGCAUUGUUGAUAACAAAUUCAAUAACAGACUCCACGUUUUACUCCACGUUUUACUCCUCGUUAGCAUUUGAAGACUCCAGUAGCAGAAAUUUGGUGAUUUCGAGUAUUUUCCACAAAGUUAAAAUUAUCCUUCGUAUCUGCUUGUUAAGUACAUACUUAUAGAUAUCUUCAUACUUACAUCGUAAGUUUAUAUUUUUCAACUUGAUAUGUACAAUUAUAGAACCGAAUGUUUAUAGGUAGAAGCAGAUCGAUAUAAUUCAGUUCCCUAGAAGUUACUCAACAAGUUGAGAAGAUUAGUAACGGUAAUAACAAUCCUAAAUAUUAUGCAUGCAGAAAAAAUCCAAAAUAUGAGCGCUAAUAAUCAUAGCAGCUUUGCCUACUAGCGACACGUCGCAUACGUCGCGACGUUGAAAAUAAUAACGACGCACAGCAAGUUUCCUAGGAUACCUGGAGCAUGCGAUUGAUGGCCUAAGGAAAAUGUACAGUAAAAAACAUAAACAAUGUUCGAGUACUACAUCGAAAUCGCCUACUGGACUAAAAAAAGCAAAACAAACCUGCGAAUGACAGAAAUCUCGCUAGUAAAAAAAGCGUCGCUAGUCCUACUGUCGCUAUUCGGUUUGGUGCUAUACACAUAAUAUUUUUUCACAAUCCUUAAUAAAUAAUUAACUACACCAACAGAAAUAAGUGCGGAUAGAAGUAUCCAAUUAAAGUUGGAGAAGAGUCUCACAGCAUAACCAUUCAAACACUUAAAAUGUAAGUUGAUGAAUUCACUAAUAUGUAUCAGCUAAAAUUAAUUAAAUAUGAAUUUCAGUUUGAAGCUAUCGCUAUCAAAAUUCGUGUUUUGCUUCACCAUCGACCUCUCCAACAAACUUCAAAAUUUUAAAUCGCUUACAAUGGCACACAAUAUCCUGUCGGAAGAUGCUCUUUCCAAGAGUGCUGUCACAACUAAUGCCGCUGUGGAACAUAACUGCUUUAUGUGCAGUCGACCUGAUACUGAAGCUAACCUCGUAGGCUGCGACAAAUGUUCGAAUUGGGCUCACUACGAUUGUGCAGGAGUCGAAUCGUCUAUAGAAGCGACAGAAAAAUCCUGGAUAUGUGCACCAUGCCGUUCAAGUAUUAUUAGUGAAAUUGCCUUAUCCACGACAUCGAAAGCAGGAUCAAGAACCAGCAAACAGUCUUUACGAAUCGAGGAGAAUUUAAAAAUGUUACAAGACCAAAAGGAAAUGGAAUUAAGAGCAUUAGAAAAAGAAGAAGAAGAUCGUAAAGAAUUUCGAAAGAAAAAAUUAGAAAUCGAAAAACAAUAUAUAAAACAAAAAUACGAUGUUCAGCGCGAGGGUUCGCAAAGUAAUAGAAGUGAUCGAAGUCAAACUAGCAGCAGGAAUAGUCGGCAAAUUGUGGAAAAUUGGUUGGCGAAGGAACCGAUAGGUGCGCAACUAGAACGCGUACCUGCAUUGGAAUUUCCACCGCAACCGACUAAUAUAGAGCCAUCCGUGUCAGUAGCUAGAGCAAUGUCUUCGAUUUCACUGAACAGCCCACCACAUGUACCACUAGUUCCAAAAUCAGCAUCAACGCCGUAUGCCGGACAAACUAUUCCGCUAUUAGCGCCAGUUGUUCUUCCGGAUAUGCAAAUGCCACAGUUAACGGUGGCCAGCCCGUCAGGAUCCCGUUUAGUACCACGAGUUAGCGUACCACAAUCAUUCUCUCAAAACCUAUGUUCAGCUUUACCAAGUACAACACAUGCAAAUUUGUACACAGCAGUAUGCUCUAACGAAAUAGCGUCAGCAGAACUCGUUCGUAGGACCCCGGAACAUCCAGGGAUUGUGGAUAAUCGACCUACUGUUCCACCGUCCUUCAGUAUAUCGCCCGACAUUUCAUCAAUGCGUUGUUUCGCUAAUUCAAUCAAUGAAAGAAGACCACUCUCGACAAUAUCCGAAGAAACAUUUGGUAAUAAUUUCAACUUUCCAUCGCCAAACAUCCAGCAACAACCGAUUUUUCCAAUCUCGACGACUGGAACAUUAAUACAGCCAACAGUUCCCAACAGUGGUUCAUCUCAGGCGAAUUCUGUGAUUCAAAAUUGUGCAAAUCUAACCAUACCACAAGACCCAGCCACGAUGGUUGUUUCCGAAGGAGUGAAUCCGUAUGUUGUUGCUAUGCAGAACUCGCCCAAAGUAACCUGGGUUGUGGACCCUCUAUCGUCGGUGCCAAUUACAACACUCGCCUCAAGUUGGCGAGAGCCUGGCUCAUCCUAUCCAUGCACAAUUCCUCCAACGUUGCAGGGUAGCUCAAUGCUAACUGCUAUGCCGAUGCAGUCAGGUGCAGCAACAGUUCCGUUUCCGACCAAUGCAGUUCCAACGCAGACAAGUAUGAAUAGCCACAAUUCACUUUAUUAUCCUACAGCGAUACCACGGGAAGAGUUCAAUGGUCCGUCCAGCAAACAAUUGGCAGCACGCCAAAUCAUACAACGAGAACUUCCAAAUUUCUCAGGUGAUCCACAAGAAUGGCCCGUAUUCUUUUGGUCUUUCCGAAACAGCUCCGAUUCAUGUGGAUUCACAAACGAUGAAAAUUUGGCUAGACUACAACGUUGUCUAACAGGUCAAGCCCUAGAAGCGGUCAAGAGUAAACUACAAUUUCCGGCGGCAGUACCGGAAAUAAUCGAAAUCCUAAAAAUGCUUUUUGGUAGACCGGAGAUUUUAGUGUACACCAUGAUUAAACAACUACGCAGCUUGCCGCCACCCAGACACGAAAAUUUACAAUCUAUCAUAACGUUUGGGUUGGCCGUAAAAAAUGCAGUAGAUUACCUAAAAACUGAACAACUAAGAGAACCGUUGUCUGACUCAACUUUACUGGUGGGAAGGAAGCUUUGCAUUUAUUGUUCCAAUCCCAGUCAUGAAGUGGCUAACUGCAGUCAGUUCAAGGCUCUCGAUUUUAACGGAAGAUGGAAAGUUGUUAAGCAAAAGGGAAUGUGUAGAAUUUGUCUAAUACCGCAUAGGAAAUGGCCCUGUCGUUCUGCCAAAGAGUGUGGCGUUGAAGGGUGUAGGGAUCGACACCAUAGUUUACUACAUUCAACAGCCCCUAGCAACUUCAAUAACUACAAUGUGAAUAUACAAGGUAACAGAGAAACUGCACCUCAUAACCACCACUCCAUUACUUCGCAUGCUCUAUUCCGAUACUUGCCAGUUGAAAUACAUUGUGAUGGGAAAAAAGUAGAAACAUACGCGUUUCUUGACGACGGAUCUUCAGCGACAUUAGUUGAGUCUUGGAUAGCCGAUAAACUUGGAAUAGUAGGAAAAAUAGAUCCACUAUGGUUGUCCUGGACUGGAGAUAUUACCCGCGAAGAAAAGAGAUCACAGCGAAUAUCAGUUUUGAUCUCCGCUCAAGGAUCAGAGAAAAGGUUUAAGAUGGAUAAUGUGCGAACAGUGACACGACUGCAACUCCAUGAUCAAUCCUUCGAUUAUCAAGUCGCGCAGAAAUUAUACCCUCAUCUCAAGGGACUUCCUCUGCGAAGUUACUCGAGUGCAGCUCCAGGGAUCAUCAUUGGAAUCGAUCAAGUGCGCUUGUUGGCACCCUUAGCUACCCGAGAAAAUGGUAACAAUGAGCUGAUUGCUGUGAAAACGCGUUUAGGGUGGGGCGUUUAUGGAAAACAAUCCAAUGCAGAGGAAAGCAUGGAACAUUUACAAGUUCAUGUAGAUCACCAGACAACGAAUCAGGAGCUUCAUGGAAUGAUCGGCCAGUUUUUCGGAAUGGAAGAGUCAUUUGUUGUAUCACGAUCAGACAGCGGUUUCGAAAAAGGAGCCUUAAAAAUUCUUGAAGAAACAACAAAACGUAUAGGCAACCGGUUCGAAACCGGGUUAUUAUGGAAAUAUAAAUACCGCUGCUUUCCCGAUACUUACUAUACUGCUGUACGCCGAGAAAUUAGUUUAAAUAAAAGACUUGUUAAAGACCCUGAAUUGUACCACACCGUGCAAGACCAGAUAGAAAAUUAUCUAAGAAAAGGGUACGCACACAAAAUAACCGAGGCAGAGCUAACUGAGACUGAUCCUAAACAAGUUUGGUACCUUCCUCUUGGCAUAGUGCGUAACCCUAAAAAACCCAAAAAAAUCCGUUUGAUAUGGGACGCGGCUGCUAAAUCAAACGGCGUAUCCCUCAACGAUAUGCUGAUGAAGGGACCCGACAUGCUCGCGUCUCUUUCAACUAUCUUGUUACGAUUUCGAGAAAAAAACGUCGCCGUAUGCGGCGAUAUUAGAGAGAUGUUCCACCAGGUGAAUAUACGUGCAGAAGACAGACAGGCUCAGCGUUUCCUGUUCCGCGAAAAACCCGAUCAACCACCGCAGAUUUAUGUGAUGGAUGUUGCUACCUUUGGGGCGUCUUGUUCGCCGUGUAUCGCUCAAUACAUCAAAAACUUGAACGCCCAGGAACAUGCAACACAGUUCCCUCAAGCCGCUCAGGCUAUAAUAGAUCGAACCUAUGUCGACGAUUACUUAGAUUGCUUGGAUACUCCAGCUGAAGCAGUAGAGCGAAUAAACCAAGUCAAAUAUGUGCACUCUUUGGGGGGAUUUGAGAUUAGAAACUUUGUCUCAAAUUCGUCUGAAGUACUUGAUAAAAUCGGUGUUACUGGGGUCCAAACAGACAUCUCUCUGAAACUAGAACCCGGUCUAGAAGAAUCGAAGCAAGUCGAGCGAAUUCUAGGAAUGAUGUGGAGACCAAGUUCAGAUACCUUUACUUUCAAUACAACCAUACCGUCAGCAAUCGAUAACGUUUUGAACAAUAGUCAGACGCCUACUAAGCGGCAAAUUCUAAGCACUGUAAUGAGUCUGUUUGAUCCUCUUGGUCUUGUCGCGCACUUUGUGGUGCACGGUAAGAUAUUAAUGCAGGAACUGUGGAAAUUUGGAGCAGGCUGGGAUGACACUAUUCCAGAUGAGCUGGUCGGAACCUGGAAUAGGUGGAAGUUGCUUUUGCCAAUGUUGCCUGAAGUUAGUGUACCCCGUUGUUUUUUUCCCGGGUUGCCAAGCUCUGCACUCUCUGGACUACAACUACACGUGCUGGUAGAUGCAAGCGAGUCUGCAUUCGCGUGCGUAGCAUACUUACGUGUACAGAAAAAUGGCAAGCCAACAUGUGCCUUGAUCUCAGCAAAAACCAAGGUAGCUCCCCUCAAACCUGUAUCUAUGCCCCGGGCAGAAUUACAAGCGGCCCUGAUGGGAGCUCGCCUGAGUGAAACUUUAUUCAACACAUUGCACCUUUCCAUUGAGCGUAAGUACUUAUGGACCGACUCCCUCACGGUUCUCUCAUGGCUUAGAUCUGACAGUCGACGCUAUCACCAAUUCGUCGCCUACCGCGUUAUGGAAAUUUUGACAAAUACGUCAAUUUCUGAAUGGCGAUAUGUCCCAUCUAAACAAAAUGUUGCUGAUGAUGCUACCAAAUGGGGCAAUGGCCCAAGCUUCCGUCCGUCUGAUCGCUGGUAUACUGGGCCCGAUUUUCUCCUGCAAUCAGAAGAACUCUGGCCUACGGACCGCAAAACCAAUACUCCACCAGAAGAAGAACUAAGAGCAGCAUUUCUUCAUCAUGCGGAAGUUUUCAAAAACCCCAUCGAUAUCACGCGAUAUUCUCGCUGGGAGAGAAUGAUACGUGUGACACCUUGUUUCUUUCGAGUUGUUAGAAGAUUUAAAAAAAUUUCAACCACGGGUCCCUACACUUCGGAAGAGUUACAACAAGGUGAGUAUUUCUUAAUCAAACAAGUUCAAGCUGAGGUGUAUCCAGACGAACAACGCCUUCUGCAGAAUAAGUCCGAAUCAUAUAAAGUUCCAAAAUCAAGUAUUUUGUAUCAGUUUUCACCUUUUAUUGAUGGUUCUGGUAUAAUACGGAUGGACAGUAGACUUGGGGCAGCACCUCAGAUGCUAUUUGAAACCAAAUACCCCAUUAUCUUACCGAAGAACCACCAUCUAACCAAUCUUCUUAUACACGGUUAUCAUCAACGGUUUGGUCACAGCAGUAACGAAACUGUUUGUAAUGAAAUGCAUCAACGAUUUAGAAUUCCAAACCUCCGAGCAGCUGUUAAAAAAGUGGCAAAAGAGUGUAAAAUUUGUAAAAUUAAAAAUGCUCGCCCUUGCCCUCCGAGAAUGGCACCAUUACCAAUAGUUAGACUCACACCGUUUAUCAAACCAUUCACUCAUACGGGAGUUGAUUACUUCGGGCCGCUUAUGGUUAAACAAGGUCGCAGUGUCGUCAAACGAUGGGUAGCCUUGUUCACAUGUUUGACGAUACGUGCUGUUCAUGUGGAAAUUGUUUACAGCCUAUCAACGAGCUCCUGCAUUUUAGCUAUCCGAAGAUUUAUCGCUCGUCGAGGAUCGCCUAGUUCAUUCUACUCCGAUAACGGGACAAAUUUCAGAGGCGCCUACAAUGUUCUUCAAAAGGAAAUCCAGAACAUCAAUGGAGAAUGCGCGGUAACUUUCACAAACACCAACACACAAUGGGUCUUCAACCCACCUCUAACGCCCCAUAUGGGAGGCUGCUGGGAAAGAAUGGUGCGAUCUAUCAAAGAAGCCAUGCGAGCCAUUAGCGAUCACGUUCAACACCCAAGUGACGAGGUUCUGGAAACAGUUGUUUUGGAAGCUGAAGCCAUUGUUAACUCCCGUCCACUGACCUACGUUCCACUUGAUACACACGACUCUGAAGCUCUUACCCCCAACCAUUUCCUGUUGUACAGCGAAAAGGGUAUUACUCAACCAGCUCGUUUAAUUCAAAUAGAUUCUCGCGUCGUUCGGGAUAGUUGGCGUCUUGCGCAAACAUUGGUUGAUAUCUUCUGGAAAAGAUGGAUCAAAGAAUAUCUGCCGUCAAUAGCUCGACGCACGAAAUGGUUUGAUCCGGUGAAACCAUUAGAAGAGGGAGACGUGGUUAUAGUGGUCGACGAAAAUCGUCGCAAUGGAUGGGAACGCGGACGAAUCAUAGAAGUCGUCAAGGCUGCUGAUGGGCAAGUUCGUCAGGUCGUAGUACAAACUGCAGCAGGAAUAUGUCGACGACCCGCAACCAAGGUUGCACUUCUGGAUGUCGUUAGAAAGGAUCUCAACAAGGAAUUAAUGUCGACGGAACUACACGGAGAGGGGGAUGUUGCCGAGCCCACUGUGCCACUGAAUGAGAAGUGAGUUCCUGUGACAGAUUGCAUUGUUGAUAACAAAUUCAAUAACAGACUCCACGUUUUACUCCACGUUUUACUCCUCGUUAGCAUUUGAAGACUCCAGUAGCAGAAAUUUAGUGAUUUCGAGUAUUUUCCACAAAGUUAAAAUUAUCCUUCGUAUCUGCUUGUUAAGUACAUACUUAUAGAUAUCUUCAUACUUACAUCGUAAGGGAC